AGCCGACAAAACCCGUUCUGCUCCGUCGGGGACACCUUGUUUGUUGCCGCUGCCCUCAUCCAAACGUUCGUGGAGGAGUUUUUCCACGCUUAAAGAAGACGGAUCGGAUUUUCAGUCCCAACUAGAAAGUCCAGUUCGACCGACCGAGAUGUCACAGGAGCAUGACAACAAGCGUGCCGUCCUGGUCUUGCAGAACGACCCCAACUAUGGCGGCCAACGUCGCUCUUUCACCACAGAGGAUGAAGCUUGGAAAUCUUUCCUGGAGAACCCCCUGACGGCCGCCACCAAGGCCAUGAUGAGCAUCAACGGGGAUGAAGACAGCGCCGCUGCUCUCGGCCUGCUCUACGACUACUACAAGGUGCCCAGGGAAAAAAGAACAAUACCCCAGAACAAGCCAGAUGCUUUGGUCUCUGAUGUGGAUCCCAACAAAAGACACCAGCUUCAGGCGGGACAUUCCAUCCCUUCCCUCCCAGAGACGAGCAUGGAGAACAGGAUCCAGGUCCUGAAGGGGCCCUUCAAUAUUCUCCAGUUGGCCCAGGACAAGAGGACCCAGUUCCCAUCACCAGACACAACCGUCACAGUGUCCAUCGCCGCCCUGCAGAACUACCCAUCCGUCAAGACGGAGGUGCCCAUUCACGGUUUGAGCGUGCCCAGCAGUUGCGCCGAAACCGACAACCACGUGGGCGUCUUCGACCGCCCUCAGCUCGCCCACAAUUCAGUCCAGUUCAGCCCCACCACACAAUCCCGCACGCCCCCGGACUCCACCUUCUCUGAGAGUUUCAAGGACAGUUCCCAGGAGGUCUUUUCCUUCCCGGGGGAUCUCCAGUUACGUAUGGCCUCCAUGACGCCUGAGGACUACACUCAAUUUGACACGGUGCCGGGGAAUAAUUUCGAGUAUACCCUCGAGGCGUCCAAAUCUCUGCGUCAGAAGACUGGCGACGGGACCAUGACGUAUCUAAACAAGGGACAGUUUUACCCCAUCACCCUGCGGGAGAUCGACAACAAAGGCCUGCAGCAACCCAUCACCAAAGUCAGGAGCGUAGUGAUGGUCGUGUUCGGAGAGGAGAAGUGCAGAGAUGAUCAGUUGAAACAUUGGAAGUACUGGCACUCAAGACAGCACACUGCCAAACAGAGGUGUCUUGACAUUGCUGACUACAAGGAGAGCUUCAACACCAUUGGCAACAUCGAAGAGAUUUCCUACAACGCCAUUUCCUUCACUUGGGACACAAACGAAGAAGCCAAAAUCUUCAUCUCAGUCAACUGCCUGAGCACGGACUUCUCUUCUCAGAAGGGCGUGAAAGGCCUGCCUCUUAACCUGCAGAUUGACACGUACAGCUACAACAACCGCAGCAACAAGCCCAUCCACCGGGCAUACUGCCAGAUUAAGGUGUUCUGUGACAAAGGAGCCGAGAGGAAGAUCCGAGAUGAGGAGAGGAAGCAGUCUCGCCGAAAAGGCAAGGUGGCUGACCUCAACCCUGGCCUCUCCUUCGCCGAUGUCAAAGUGCCCAUCCUUCAGAAACGCAAUGACGUGACCAUUUUCAAGAUGAUGACUGACAUUGAGACCCAGCCUGUCCUCUUCAUUCCUGACAUUCACUUCUCCACCUUCCAACGUCAUCCUUUUGCAGCAGAAGAAGGAGAAGACAGCUCCGGCAUGAAGAGGUUACCCUUCAGUGAUGACGAGUUUGGGUCGCCACCGAACAAGAUGGCCAGAGCGGAGGAACCUAAGAAAGUCCUGCUGUACGUACGUAAGGAGACGGAGGAGGUGUUCGAUGCCGUCAUGCUGAAGAAUCCCACACUGAAAGGCCUGGUGGAUGCCAUUUCAGAGAAGUAUGACUUGCCGUUGGACAAGGUUGGAAAAGUCUACAAGAAGUGCAAGAAAGGGAUCCUGGUGCACAUGGACGACAACAUCAUCAAGCACUACUCCAACGAAGACACCUUCCAGAUCUCCAUGGAGGAGCUGGGCGGCAUGUACAAGCUCACCCUCACUGAAAUCUGAUUGGACGACAUGAGAGGAGGAGUAGGAUGACGGAGGAUAAAUGGUUUACACUAUCCAGUGAUGACGGACUCUCGUAUCAUGUUGAGCUGUUACAUAAAAAACGUGGUAUUUAAAAAAUAAAAAAUAAAAAAAAAGCCAUAUACUGUAGCUCUUAAGGUGCCACAUUGUUAAUAAGUAAGGAAUGUCAGAUCAGAAGGUUUUUUUUUUCUUCUUGUGAUGAAACUUUUAAUACUGUGUAUUUGUACAAAGCUUCUGUGUGCCUCUGCUGCUAUACCUCAUUGUUUGCAACAGCAGCAGUGGAAUAUUAUGAGGAGAAACAUCUUAUCUUAUAAUCACAGCACUGAUGAUUACGAUCUGUUAUGUUGAAGGGCUACUGGAGCCCACAAAAUGAGCAAAAAAAAAAAAAAAAGUGGGGGGAAGAAGCCCCUAAAUGUUGAGUGUAU